GUGCUGAUUGGCUGGGGCUCCAGAAGCGCAUGGUUUGUGAUGUCACAUGAGCAAAGGGAACAGGCGGCGGAAGCUGCCACCUGUCGAGACAUGUAGGAUGAAGUGGCUUCCUCUUCCUCUUUUGGUCCUUUCCGUAUUCUUCUCUGAACAUGCUCUAGGUGAAACUUGCAGGUAAGUGGCAUCAGAAUCCUGCGGGAAGGAGGGAGGGAGAUGAGAGCCCCAGCCCUCCUGCUCAGACAGGCACCUGUUGUGGUGGACACCAACCCCUGCCUUUGGCUUUCGUAUCAGGUCACACAUAUUGCAGCCACUGCAGACACUUUCUCCACUGCCUCUGUCCCUGGCUGGCCUUUCCUGGCCUCCUUAAAUUUAGGGUUCACCCAUACUUCCACUUUCCCCAUGCCUAAAAUGUAGGGGUCCAAGCAGUCUUCCUCCUCUCCCACUCCUUUCCCAUGGAAAACCCGCUCUUUAGUGAUAGAUUGGAACAAAUGGCAACCAGGGUGGAAUCUGAAUCACUCUUAUUGCAGUUAUUCGUAUUGCACAUAGGAAAGUAAUUGGAUGAAUACAACACACUCUUCUUUGACUAAAAAUUGCCCAGUCCAAAAAUAUGGUUCAUAAGCUUUACUAAUAGAACUUCUUCCAAAACAGACACAAAAACAAAGUAAGUUACAUCCAAAUAGUUUCAUGAUAUCACAUGCUUGACCAAGCACAGGCACAGCCUCUUGGAACUAUUAAAUUACUUCUUCCAGAGCGGAAAACAAAGCCGUGUCUCUCCCACAGCCCCCAUUACAGCUGGAGGUUGUGUUUUCCUAGAGAGAAUCACCUCCUCACGUCUUUUCUUCCAAGGUGCUUGAGAGAGAACAAGGAUCCAACUCCCACGAAAUGUAGGUUUGCAAGUGAAUACUAAUUGCAUACACCCCGUGGGAUCCAAAGGUUAAACACCUUUUGACAGAAUAGCAGAGAUACAUUCCAAGUUAAUUAUCAACCUGUUGGGUUCUCUGCAACUCCUUUGUUUAGCUGCAGUGGAAGUUUCCGUGCUCUGCAUUUAGCAGCACGCAUACAGAGUUAUUUUCCAUUUUAAUGGAAAUUUAAUUAAACAAUUUAAUUAAACAAUUAUACUCAACGUACCUCUCCUCCGACUGUGUGCUCAAGAGCACCUUUCCCUAGGAAAAAGCAGUGUGACAAGAGGAAAGCCUCUUAGCCCCAUGUUUCCUAAGCAUGGCAGAAGCGGAAGUGUGGAUUAGUCCAGAGCAAUCGGCAACCGUCUUUUUUGUGAGUUGCCUUUUACCCCAUGGGUUUCCCUGGGGGAAAGGAGCAGGGCAAACAGAAGUGUGAAUGAGCCCUAAGUGAGACAUUUAAAGGUAAAGGUAAAGGGACCCCUGACCAUUAGGUCCGCUCGUGGCCAACUCUGGGGUUGCAGCGCUCAUCUUGCUUUACUGGCCGAGGGAGCCAGCAUACAGCUUCCGGGUCAUGUGGCCAGCAGGACUAAGCCGCUUCUGGCGAACCAGAGCAGCGCACGGAAACGCUGUUUACCUUCCCGCCAGAGUGGUACCUAUUUAUCUACUUGCACUUUGAUGUGCUUUCAAGCUGCUAGGUUGGCAGGAGCAGGGACCGAGCAACGGGAGCUCACCCCGUCGCGGGGAUUCGAACUGCCGACCUUCUGAUCGGCAAGUCCUAGGCUUUGUGGUUUAACCCACAGCGCCACCCGCGUCAGACGUUUAGAUCACUUUAAAUGAAGUGAAUCCCCUUUUUGACAUCCUUCCUGUUGUUCCGCCAACCCCUGUGCCUUUCAGCUGUGUUCCAGCCAAGAACAUGCCUGCAAUCCUAACCACACUUACUUGGAAGUAAGCCCCAUUGAACUCAAUGGGACUUACUACUGAGUAGGUGUGAUUAGACAUGGGCUGCAGGGCACCAGGCAAACACAUCUAGGGAGGGAGUUCCAUAACUGAAUCCUGCUUUCUGGUUUCCCAUUUGCGUUUGGCUGGCCACCGUGAGAACAUGAUGCUAGACUGGAAGGGCCAUUGGCCUGAUCCUGCAGGCUCAUCUUAUGUUGCCACAUUCUUACAACUUGGGUGAGUUAGGGGCUUCCCCUGCAUGUGAAGACAGAUUCCAGCAGAUGGAGCAGAAGAAACCAAGAGAUGGAAGUGAGGGGCAGGUGGGGCUCAUCCACCUGGGAAGGGAGCCCAUAGAGGAGAAGAAAAACUCUGGUCCUAAACCAAAAGGCUCAGGAGUAAACCCUAUACAGAUCUGGAGUGGAGUUCCUAAGGUGGUUGGAUGGCGUCUUGUAUGCCUCCUUCCUGCAACUCCUGCAGCCUAACUGGUGCCAAACAUCUUGCUCUGCUCUCCUUUGGACCACAUCAAUGAGGCCAAAAGAGGGGUCUUGUCGUCUGGGCAGCCCAGGACCUCCAGACACAUUGCCCAGGCUUGAUCCCUGGGAGGUCACUUCAAGCCAGUGUGGUGUAGUGGUUAAGAGCGUGGACUCAUAAUCUGGUGAACCAGGUUUGCUUCCCUACUCCUCCACAUGCAGCUGCUGGGUGACCUUGGGCUAGUCACACUUCUCUGAAAUCUCUCGGCCUCACUCACCUCACAGAGUGUUUGUUGUGGGGGAGGAAGGGAAAGGAGAUUGUGAGCCACUUUGAGACUCCUUCAUGUAGUGAUAAAGUGGGAUAUCAAAUCCAAAACUCUUCCUCUUCUUCUUUGGUCCUGCUAAAGCAGAGGUGCACCCCAUUGUCUCUUGAGACAGACCAAUGUCAACAACAACUCAGGUGCCAUUACAGAGAAGUCCUUUUCCCACAAAGUUGCCUGCCUCACAUCCCAAGGUGGGGUUGCUUGGGAAAGGGCCUCUGGCGAAGGCUUGGCUUGGGCGGGUUCCUGUGGCAGAAGGCGGACUUUUCAGGGAGGGCCGCUCUGCUUUCCUGAGUCUUGUGUGCCUCUCACCUGUCACACAUGGCAUGUGUGGGCUGCCCGCGCUUUGUGUCCCUUUCCAGUGGAGUCUGCGGGAGACGUCCCUUGGCACCCAGCCAUGGUGGCUCAGUUCGGAUUAUCGGAGGCACGCAGGCUCUCCCCGGGACAUGGCCUUGGCUCGUCAGCAUCCAGGUCCCAUCCAACCAGGGCUACAGGCACACCUGCGGAGGCUCCCUCAUCAGCUCUCGCUGGGUCCUCACUGCAGCGCAUUGCUUCUUAGACAGAAGGUGAGCAGAGUACCGGGGGCAGCUGCAUGCGGCAAGGGGUGGGGGACUUUGCUGUAGAGUCUCCAGAUGUGCUGCCCUGCAGAUCAUUCAGCCUGGCAGAUGUAAUGCCGGCUGAGCUGUGGAGCUCAUGUCAGGAACAUGGCCCCCCAGAGCGCAGCAGAAGAGUCGGCCUCAGAAAUUGAGCUAAGAGAGUAAGAGGCCGACUCUGCAAAUGAGAACUGGCUGUCAGAGUCCAGGAAGGGCAGUUCAGCCCCCCUCCUUCCUAGGGAAGACGCUGUUUGCUCUCAAGAAGAGGGAGAGUUGGAAGGCAGCCAGAGCGUUGCCAGGCAGCCAGCAGAUAAGCCAGAGUCUGAGGCUGCAUCAUCUGGGAGUGGGGAGGAGGCAGUACUAGCAGUCCCUGUACUAGGAGAUUGGAGGGGCUCAGAGAACAACGGAAGGGAAGGAGAAGAAAGGCAGGAUUUUGGUGUCUUUCCUGUUGGGAGAGGGACGGUGAUUCAGACUGAUCAACUACUAUUAAUAUGAACAGGUGGGAAGCCAUGCUCUGGAUGUGUUUUUCUUGUAAAUAAACCUACAUAAUGUCAGAGAGACAUUGUUGCUUAUCAGGCUGCUUGCCUACCAGAGAUCAUUAUAGCUCAUUUCAUCCUUUAAAAGAUUUUUGCCCCUCACCACAGCCAAAAAAAGGGGGUCGGGGAGGCAACAAGCACCAGAAAGAUGGCUCCCUCCUUCAUAUCUGAAAGGCAUGGCACAAAAGGAAAGGGGGUUGGGAUGGAGGAGGAAAAAAGAAACGCAGGUUUCUAGCUACGAAGUUCUAGAAUUUAAAAAUUGGUACAGUGAGGUGUGUGCCAGAAAGCCCCAAGUUUAUGACCUUCCUCAGCCAGGAAUUAAUGGGUGUUUCAGGAUAGUUGUAGUCCAAAACAUUUGGAUGGCACCAGAGUGGCAAGUGCUGACACGAUACAGAUUUUGUCACCUCAUUACAGUUCCCAGGGGAGGUGAAAUUAGCAUUAACCUAGUUUAAGUCUAUGGGGUACCUAAGCCUAGUCUGAACCCUGUGGUUUUAUGAACUGUUUUGUAUCAUUAAUUCCACAUGGGUAUGGUGCAUUGCAAUGACUGCUUAUGAUCUAUUCUGCUAGCCACCCUGAAAGCAUAGUUGCCCUACAUGCACUGCUUGUUAAUAACCAUAAUAACAGCUAAAGCGAUGGUCAUUGUUAUCGCUGGCAUUAUUAUUUGGGUGCCACGCUCAUGGUACUUAUCUCUCUCCAUAAAAUGCCCUGAACAGUGCUGCAGGCAGCCAGGAAUUUCCUUGUUCAAAUCACAGAAUCAUAGAACUUGGAAGGGACCAGGAGGAUCAUCUAGUCCAAGCCCUGCAAUGCACGAAUUGUUCAUCCUCAAAACCAUGAUGCUGAGAUUACGAGUCUCAUGCUCUACUGACUGAGAUAAUAAAUAGCACAUACAUUAUAUUAUAUAACAAUUAUAUAUGACAUUAUAUUAUAUGAAUAUUUCCCCAGCUACCUAGAGGGCGGCAACAUGAGAACAGGGCCUUUUCUGUGGUGGCUCCCCACUUGUGGGAUGCUCUCCCCAGGGAGGCUCGCCUGGCGCCCUCACACCAUCCUUGGAAACUCAGAGACACCUGCAAUACCAUUCAGUCCAACCGCUUUUCAUGGGGUUCCUGAAUCUCUCCCCAAAAUCAUAUAUGAAUGGCACACGGUUUGAAUAGAACCUCUUUCUUCCCCCUUGGUGGGCCAGUUUUCCAUCUUUCUCUGCUACAGGUUUCUCGAUCAAUGGAAGCUGGUGAUGGGAGCCAACCAGCUUUCUGACCCUGGCCCCAAUGCCCAGGCGCGCACCAUCAAGGACCUGAUUGUACACCCGCAGUAUAUCCAACGGAUAAACCUCAACGACAUCGCCUUGAUGGAGAUGAGCGCGCCGUUCAACUGCAGCGACUACAUCCAGCCGGCCUGCUUGCCUGACAUGGACGUGGAUGUGAUGUCUCUGACGCAUUGCUAUGUCAGCGGCUGGGGAGUGACAGAUGUGUCAAGUGAGAGUCCGGGGAUGGGAUGGACAUCAAAGAGGGUCUCACAGGGGAAGCGUUGCCUGGCAACGCCUGGUGGGAGGACACCACAUCUGCUACCCUAUGCAUACAUAACCAGAGACCAGCCACCUCUUGGAUGUACUGGGAGUCCCUAAACUAAAAAAAAUGUGAUUCACCCAGCUCCUGGACCGGGUAGGGUUGGUGGGUGGCUAUAUUCCUACCUACUAAGGGGUGCAUCCAGAUGGCCAAAGAUGGCAGGACUGGGAAACGGAUAUUGCUUCUCCAGAGGCUGUAGGACCUCCCAGCUGAUAAGAGGGGCCAGUGGGAAUCAUAGCCCAAAAUCACCUGGAGGGCACCGGGUUGGUGAGAGCUGGUUCAGAAAGUUCCCGGAUCAGUUGUAUUGACUUGGAAGCCAGGUUGCGUCCCGAGGCGAGACGCUAAAGCGAGACUUUCUGCUUGCAGAGCCAGGCGUGACCUCAGACGUCCUGCAAGAGGCCAAAGUCAACCUCAUCCCUUCCCACAUCUGCAACAGCACCGGCUGGUACAAUAAGCGCAUCCACCUCAACAACAUCUGCGCUGGGCACGAGCAAGGGGGCAUUGACAGCUGCCAGGUAUGCAGUGACGCAAAGCCAGAGGCUGCUUCUCCAGGGAGGGAGGCAAGUGGGGGGGAGGGGCAGGACGAGGGAAGCCCCCUCCUCUUGGAGGAAUGGCCUAACUCUGCCCCAACCAGGGAAAUCCCCCUUCCAUUCCAUAUUCAGACAGCCCCCGCGGUUAUCAAUAUGUUAUUAUCUUCCUACCUUUCCCUCCAAGGAGAUCCAGGUGGCAUACGUGGUUCUCUCCCUCCUCAUUUAAUCCCCACAACAACCCUGUGAGGUAGGUUGGGCUGAGAGGCAGCGACGGCCCCCUAAGCUCACCCAGUGAACUUCCUGGCUGAGUGGGGAUUUGAACCCUGGUCUCUCCCAGGUCCUAGUCUGACCACUAUGCCACACUGCAGCUCUCAGCAAGGAGGGCAAGGCAGGCAAAUUAUCUCAUUCAGGGCUCUCUCUCACCUGCUCCAGAAGACGUGCUUGGCUGUCCCUCAGAAUUCCCCAUCCUUCAAGGUUUGCCUGUCCCAGCACAGAGUCCUCUUGCUCCCAGAUUAUUCAUCUUUUUGGCAUUGGGAACAUAGGAAGCUGCCUUAUCCUGAGUCAGAACAUUGGUCCAGCGAAUCUCCAUUACAUGCAGAAGGUCUCAGGUUUGGGCAUCUCCAGCCAGCUUCUCUGCCUGGGAACUUAUCCACAAUUGCCUUUCUUCAGCUCUUUCCAGGCACAGGUCUGUGCUUUAAAGCUCUGUGUCUGAUCACCCCCUUUUGUUUAUUUUUUGCUCCAAGGCCCCAUUCUGGAAAGCACAGCAAAAGCAAACACAAUCCUUGGAAAACCCAAAUUGAUGUUUGCUUCAAUAGAGUGCUAAAGAGCAGGUUUUCAUGGGGCAAAAAAAGACACUUAGGCUGGAUCUACACUGACCUGUUUAACGUUAUUAGAACGUUAUUAGAUAUGUCAUUCUAAAAUGUCACAAGGCAUACUUGUUAAUUAAAGUGGUGGUUUUUUUACCUUGGUCUUUUUCAUCAAAAUGCAGUCUGCUGGUUGCUCUGCUGUGCGCUUUGGUGCCACACCUUAAUAACACAUUAUGAAUGUUAAAAGCGGAACAUCAUGUGUCCAUAUACAUUUUCAGAGUCAUUCCCUAACCCUUCCUUAACAUUUGAAACCAUGAGUGUAGAUCCACCCUCAGAUUCAGAGCUUUAAAACAUGGAAAGAGCACCUGGAAAGAGCGGGGCAGAAAGGAAGAGUGAAUGAGACCUCAGACCCUGGAAAGGUCCUGCCAAUCAACAUAGACAGUUCUGAGCUAAUUGGAGCAACAGGCUGAUUUAGUGUAAGGUGGCUUCCAGCGGUCGUAUGGCUCUCUUUUGCUCUGCCCUUCCCAGAAUUUCACCUCACUGCUGAAAUAGAGCUGAGGCAUGAGUGAAACAACCCCAGUGCGAUAUUCUCUGCCCAUCUGCAGAAGCCCUGCUUUUUGUGUGACCCCGUCUCUCUUGCAUGCAAGAUGAGGGAUGCCUCCAUCCUUUGUGGUCGUCAUGAGAGCUCCUUGGUGCUGCUGCUGGCGGAUGUGCAACCCAGUUCUCCUGAGUGCAGCUGCACCCUCUUCACUCGUCUCCCGUCUUUUCCUCCUGCCUCAGGGUGACAGUGGAGGCCCCCUCAUGUGCCGGGAAAUGAGGUCUGAGCGCUUCUGGGUCAUCGGAGUCACCAGCUGGGGGACGGGCUGUGCCAAGGCACAGAAGCCAGGCAUCUACACAUCCACACAGCACUUCCUCGACUGGAUAAAGUGGUCGACCAAGGAGGACUUCUUCCAGGGCGGCUUUGUGGGGAAACCUACAACGAUGGCCCCACCCCCACCCCCGCCCCCGCCACAGAGCUCAACGUCCCAGGUGUGGUGGCCCACGGGCCCCUACAUCCACAUGCCGCUUGAGACCUUUGCCAAUCCUUGGAAGAAAACCACCAGGCAGCGGCCAGCCUCCCCCAAUGAAAUCCAGCAGUUUGAGAACUGGGCUUACACCCAGCCUGUCGUGACGACCCCCCCUCCCCUUUGGCAACAACCGCCAGCCGAGACCGAACCCCCCCUGCAGCCCGUGCAAACCCAGCCGCCCUGGGGGUCCUACGGCUGGACCCAGACGUGGACCGUGGCUCCGACCCGGCCAGCAUGGAAUAUGUGGGUGCUGACUAGGCCGCCCCCCAGAACCUACCCACCAUACACUGUGCAGCAAUACCCUUCGUGGAACAUACAGGUGACCCGGCCUCCCCCCAGGACCAGGCUCACGCAGAAGUGGACCUUUGGUAAGCCUUCUUGGGUGGGGACUUACUACUGGAACAUUAGGAAGAACAGGCCAGUCAAGUAGCCGGACAGUCCAUCCCGGCCCCUGGCCACUCAGCUGCCCUGCCCUCCCCUUUUCAAACUAACCCUGUACAAGCUGCUGCAGUCGUCAGCUCGGUUUCCCUUCCCUUACUGCACAUGAAAUCAGAUCUCACAAGCCGUCUUCCCGGGACAAAAUAGUUAUCUUUUAAGUACAUAGAGAUACAGACACACACACACACAUAUGCUCUUUUUUGGCAAGCCAUGGAAAUUGCUGGAGGGAUGGGGCAGGAAACAGGCAAGCGUUGAAUGUAGGGGCAAAGCUAGCUUCUGAGAUCAAUCUGCUCCAGAGGACCCAACGCCGCUGCCUGGACUCUGCCCCCCUGGGGCUCACUAGAGGGGCAAGGGGGUUCCCAAAUGCACCCCAUACAUUUCAGUGCCCUUGUGCAUUCACACCAAAGCCUUUGUGGGAAGACCUUGUGGUUCCAGCUGUCUCCCGGCAGCUGUUCUGUAAUGUGCAGGGCACAUCUGCAAUAAAUUGGUGCUUUCUCA